AAAUGCCAAUCUGCCCUAUGUUUCAUCUUCAAGGACAAGAACGCAACUGACGGCCAGCCCCGAGCUUGCUUAAAGGACUACAAUGUUCCUGGGAGUAAUCACUUCGUCUUUCAUCAGGAUGAGUUCCGAGGAGGAGGCCUCAUCACCCAGCUCAGGAAUUCAGGGCUGGGACAAUUGAGCCGAGUCAUCCCAUCUGGCGGCUACCCCGGGAACAGCAGCUCUGCGCCGUGACCCGGGCUCCGGCUGCACCUGCCGCAUCGCCACGUGACCGCAGUUCCAUGGACCAAACACCGAGAAGAAUGCUGGGCCAGCCCCUUUCCAGCCCCACCACCCAGCCCAAGAAGAGAAGCACAUCAGUGAUGUCUUUCUUUUCCAAGGUCUCUUGGAAUCUGAGGCUCCAGAAGCAGGAACCUCUGAAGAAUGUGUUUUUCAUCUUGGCAGAGACAGCCCGGGACCCCAGUGUUAAAAAGCGUCAUAUGGUGAUGAGAGGCCUGGGAACCAUGGCCUGUGAGACCCCGGACAAGGUGAGAAAGUAUAAGAAGAUUAUUCUAGACCUGCUGGUGCACGGUCUGUAUGACCCGGUGAGUUCUGAAGUCAUCCAUGAAAGCAUGAAAACCCUGACCAUCAUCCUGGGCAAGAUGCAGGGGAAAGCCCUGGGCUCCUUCUUCAUAGACAUCACCCUCCAGACCCGGACUCUGCUCGAUGACGAGAAUGACAGCCUGAGAUACUCGGCCUUUGUCUUGUUUGGGCAACUGGCUGACCUUGCUGGACGGAAGUGGAGGAGCUUCUUCACCCGUCAGGUGAAGCAGACUCAGGACUCCCUCCUGACCCACUUACAGGACAGGAAUCCCCAGGUGGCCAAGGCCUGCAAAACAACUUUUCGAGCCUGUUCUCCAUACCUGAGACAAAGCAAGGACCACAGCUUCCAGAAUGAGGAGGAUAAAAGGAACCCUAAGCUCUGCCGGCAGCUGAGCCACUACCAUCCCGAGCUCCUGCAGUUCUUCUAUGCAAAUAAAAUCCUGUAAACACAGAGCGGCAGGGAGGUGGGUCCCGGAGUGAAUGGCUGGGGGCUGAUAGUCCCCCUCUUUUAACCCUUCGGAUGCUCUGUUGCCUCUGGUGAUUGCGAUAGAAAAUGGGAUGUUGGGAGAGCAACUGAUGGCAAACUUAAGACCGUGGAAUUGUAUAGUUGCAUCGAAAGUAAAUUCUAAAUAGCGUAUGUCUCAUUUUCUUCCACACAAGUUUGAUGAUAAGGUGCGUCCUUUCUUUAAAACAUUUAAAGUAUAUGUGGAUUCAGUUAUAUGCUUUUUUCUCAGCAUUUUUCUUCUUCAGGCUAUCUCUGUCCCCAACCUUGCUUUUUAAUUUUUAAGGUUUAGGAGAAUAUUACCUGAAGUUUUUUUUGUUUUGUUUUGUUUUUUUAAAUCUGCUAUUGAGCCUUUGCCAUUUGCUAUUAAUACCUUUUUCUGGUGAGACCUAUUUAGAGUUGGCCAAGGUACCAAGAAGUUAGUGUGGAGGGCAGUUUCUAGCUGCUCAUCAUUGUCAACAGCCAGUGUCUCCAAGAUCAUUCCAAACAAGAGUUAAUAAAGAGAAAAAAAAUUGAUGAA